AUGACGGCGCAGGAUUUGGCGCGUGCAGCCUGGUUCGAUGCUUACUGGAUGCUGCUGGGCCCCUUGCUGGCUCUGCUCUUUUGCGCGCUGCCCCUUCCGCAGCAUGGGAGCUUCCAGCAGGCCUCGCCAUGUCUGAGAUAUCUUACAAGGGGCCUGCUGCUCGUCUAUACGAUCCACCAGCUUGAAGAACACGGCUGGGACCUCUACGGAAACCGGUACUCUUUCAUCUCCUGGAUGAACUCGGUGAUGGCAGCCAAGAGCGGAUUGGCGAUCACGGUUCGGCAGGUGACUCUGGUGAACGUCCUGACCGUGUGGGUCGGCGAGAUCACUGCCUGCCUUUCUGCCGAAAUCUUCGGCCGUUCACUGCCUGUGGCCUUCCACUGGGCGCUGGCCACGGCGAAUGCCGUGGUUCACCUCAGCUUCGUCGCCGCGACGCGAACCUACAAUCCAGGAGCUGGGCAGAGCGUGAUACAGUUCGCCCUGGGCGCUUGCUUCUUUUCCGAGUAUUUCUGGACCCGCGGCUUCUCGUUUCCCUUGCUGGUGCUUCUCUUCGUGCUGGGUGGGCCGGUUGGACACCUGGGUGGCAUCGUCCUGCCCUUGAAGCUCGGCGUGAGCGACCCUGUCUUCGCACUUUUCCAGCUCCUGGUUGCGGUGGCGCUGCCGGCGUUGCUGUCCUUCUUGCUGGAGCGACCUGCUGCGUCUGAGCCUAAGGGAAAGCAGAAGGAUGACUAG